AUGGCCACCUCGAUCCUUCUCAAUAGCACACCCAUGGACCUUUCCUCUACGAACUCCACAGCCUCAUAUCACUCCUCUCCAGACCCUACAUGUCCGCAUUGCGGCUACCAUCUCCCCCCGCCCUCCAAAUCCUCUGCGGAAGCCGUCGAAGCCAAUCGCCGUAUUCGUGAUCUCGAAGCGCAGGUACGGCUCCUAAACUCCAAAGCCACUGCUGCAGCAGACAAGCUUGCGGACUACGAGGACGAACUUGCAUAUCUGCGAGAUGCACACUCCAAUUCUCUCCAACAGCAGCAACAAGCAGGAUCAAAUCCUAGGCUGAGUAGUCCACCAGUGGAAGGAAUAGGGUCGUUAAUAGCACCUUUGACACCAGGCCAAACGCUACCGCAGCAGCAGUCAAGGCUGGCAAGCAUCAGUGCAUUCCUUCCGGGACGGAGAAGGGAAGCAAACACCAGCGUAGGAGGACAGAUCCCCUUGACACCAGCAACAGGUACAUUUCCGCAGAGCAAUUCCGCAGGCUACGCCAACAACACGUUGUCUCCUCCGAAAACACCCUUCUUUGGAGUCGGAGCGAUACCCAAUAACUCUACACCGACCCUCUCCUCAACCCUAGACAAUAUCCAAUCAGCCGUGAGCCUCUCAUCUUUACAAUCCUCUCUUGAAGAAGAACGCACCCUCCGCCUACGUGCGGAAUCUUCAUUGUCACAGACUCAAACCGAGUUGGAAGAACUCACAGCACAAUUAUUCGGACAGGCAAACGAGAUGGUUGCGAAUGAAAGGAAGGCCCGCGCGAAGUUAGAAGAGAGGGUCAAAGUGUUAGAGCAGAGAGAUGUUGAGAAGAGGAAGAGACUGGAACGGUUGGAGAGGGCUGUGAGCCGGAUUGAGAGAGUUCGAGGCAUGGUCGGCGACUGA